AUGCGUUUCUCCAUCGUCUUCACCACCCUCUCGGCCCUUGCCCUGGCCAAUGCCCAGAGCUCCAGCGCCGCUGAGACCACUGCUGCCGCCGAGCCCACCGCCGAGUACAGUAACCCUGCAACCCAGUAUCUGACCGAGACCAACUCUCUCGGUGUUGUGACCGGCCAGCCUGAGGCCGUCACCAGCCAGGCCAGCGUGAUCACCAGCCAGGCUAGCGUCAUCACCUCCCAGCAGCCCGCUGCCUCCAUCCCCGCCGGUCUGACCUCCGCCGUCGCUGGUGUCAGCUCCACCCUCUCCACUGCCACUCGCAGCGGCUCUGCUGCCUCCUCCACUGGCACCGCCACUGGUACCACCACCAGCUCCUCUUCCACCGGCACUUCUACUAGCUCCUCCUCCUCCGAGGACUCUAGCUCCAGUGGCUCUGCCUCCGCCUCCUCCUCCGCUGGUGCCUCCAGCUCCACCUCCGAUGGCGGGGCUGCUGCCCUUGCCACUGCUGGCCCCGUCGGCUUCGGCAUGGUCGCCGGUGCGGCUCUCGUUGCCUUCCUGUAA